GUUGUAAGUAGAAAUUAAGGCGAUGCUUUUGGAUAUAAAGUUAUGUUUAUCUGUUAAAUUGGAAUAAAAACGACACAAUGAGUUGGAUUCCAUUCAAGAUCGGACAACCAAAGAAACAGAUUGUUUCAAAAACGGUUGAAAGAGACUUUGAGCGGGAAUAUGAGAAACUCCAGAAGUUGGAAGACCAAACAAAGAAGCUGCAUAAAGACAUGAAGAAAAGCACCGAGGCAGACAUAGCCAUGUCCAAAGCAGCAGUAAAGAUUUCUGGUGACUUGUUGAGUAACCCUCUGUGUGAGCAGGACCAAGCCUUCCUGGAGUCUAUGAUGGCUUUUGAUACAGCCAUGAAAAGAAUGGAUGCAUUUAACCAGGAAAAGGUCAAUCAGAUUCAGAAGACUGUGAUUGAUCCUUUAAAAAAGUACAGCAGUGUGUUCCCCAGUCUGAACAUGACGGUGAAGCGGAGGGAGCAGACCCUGCAGGACUAUAAAAGACUGCAAGCUAAAGUCGAGAAAUACGAGGAGAAGGAGAAGACCGGACCCAACAUGGUUAAGCUCCAUCAGGCGAGGGAAGAGUUGAGGCCGGUCAAGGACGAUUUUGAAGCCAAGAAUAAGCAGCUGUUGGAAGAGAUGCCCAAAUUCUACAACAGUCGCAUCGACUACUUCCAGCCCAGCUUCGAGGCCCUCAUCCGAGCACAGGUGGUGUACUUUACAGAAAUGCACAAGAUCUUCAGUGAACUGACCGAUCAGAUUGAUCAGGGUGGUCUGACGGAUGAAGAGAGGGAGCAACAGAAUGAAGCCAAGUUAAAUGAACUCCGUGCCCUGUCCAUCGUAGCAGAUGACUAGUGAUUCUCAGGCUCUGUUUGCCAUUCUUCUUUGUCGGAGCAUUUUUAAACUUGACAGAGAAUCAGUCACAUAAAAGUAGAUAUUUUAAUUUAUUUAUCAUGUGGCGUCUAAGUUGGCUUAAGAAUUUGGUCAGAAUUUUGGUCAUUCUGUUGACUUUUGUCAAAUUAAAUUUUAUUAUGGUAUUCCAGACAAAUUUACAAGGAUAAAAGCCUUCAUCUAGAAUAGAUUUGUGUUUAUAUGCACCGACUCUUCUUUUUAAGGGGACAAGUGGACCCAAAUUAUUUAGCAAAAUACCCCUUCGCACUGGCAUCUGCUCUGUAUUCACAUCAGACCGUUAGAACAUGCCUUGCCUUAUGCCAUGUGGAUGGGGGCAUUUUCAUCCAGGAAGAGGAUAAAAAUUAUACAUUAUAUUGACUAGGUGAUCAUUCAACAUGUGAACUCAAACUCUGACAGCAUAAUGCCCUUAACCAGUCAUAGCCUGUUAUGGUUAUGUGUUUAUGUAGGGUGUUUCUUUAAUUUGUACAUCUGUACAUUAGGCUUGAAAGAUUUUCAGCAUUAAAUGAGCCAAACCAAGCCACCUAAAAAUGAAGAAAAGCAUUGGUAAAUAGAGCAUCACUGCAACUGUGCUUAAACUUUAUGAGACUUGUAAACUGUAUAAAUUAUCUAAUAGAUCCAUCCCGGUCUGAUUUGCAAAAUCAUGUGUGACUGAUGCGUAGUCAUGUACUCACCUGAAGUAUUUAUUUAUUUUUCUUUGUUUUUACAAGUAUUGUAGCUCAAUGAAGUUUUUCUGGUUAUUGUACAUUAGUCAUAUUGGUAGUACCGUAGCGCCAUCUACUGACAGAAACAAGCCCCAGAACCUGUGCUAGUCUAAACUGCAAGUUUAUUGUCUAGAAAAGAAAUAACGGUUAACUACUUCAGCCAUAACACAUGGGACCAAAUUAUCAACCUGGCACCUCUUAAGUUAAUUUACUUUCUUAUGUAACUGUAAACAGUUCUCACUAGGCCCAUCACAAUGCUAAAACUGGGAACUGCUGUACUAAAUAAUUGUGGUUUUCUGUAUAGCAAAAGUUAGUUUGGAAUUUGACAUGCAUACACACUAUUUAGUCUUUUUGUGGUCUUUAAUAAUUUUACUAAAUGUUCUUUUGCAUCUUGUAUAUUUUAUGAAACUGCUCAUUUGCUAGGUAGUGAAGCAUCUGUUUUGACAAUCAUGCAAACAUUGUUAAAUACUACGUCCAGCAACAGCCAGAGAAUGUAAGUGUGCAGUUUGUACAAGGUGUUUUUCACACAGCAAACAUUCUUAUUAGGAUGAGAGCAGCUCCACGUUUAAUAAGCCACCAAGCCCCCCACACCCCUCACUCAGGGGUGUGAGGUCCAUGCCCCAAUGGUUAAAAACCAGUGCCUUCAGUCAGUACUAAAUGUGAAAUAGUCUUGUUUGUGACAUUAAUUUGUUGUUUUGGGGUUUUUUGUGUUAAAUACUUUUAUCAUUUCUUUUGUGUCGAUAAUUCUGUAAAUUCUGAUUUUUUUAUCAUAAAAGUUGAACAGUUGGUUUGUUUUGAUCUUUAAACAACAGCCGGAACCAAAUUCCUUGUGUGUGUAACAUACUUGGCGAAUAAAUCUGUUUCUGAUUCUGAA